AUCGGUCUUUGUAUCUUAGUCGGGAACCGUCACUAAGUACAUUCUGUAUCAACUCCUAUUGCGUCCACUUUCGCUGCACUGCUCUCGACUAGGCGUCAAGAAGUCCUUCGACGCAGGGCCCAACUGGAGAGAGAGGGCUUCCCGCUGUCGACGUGUUUGGAAAAUUAAAAGCGUCAACAUGCCACGGUCGUCAAAACGCAAAGCUGCCGGAAUGCCCGAGACAUGCCGAGUCCACGAUAAACGACAGGCGCGUGGGAGUAAGAUCUCCCGCGAGAAGCAGGCAACGGGAUUAGACAGCCUUCCGGACGAGCUUCUCCUAGAUAUCCUGGAUUCCUUCAUCAUCCACGGCUACUAUGACGAGAGCCGAGUGCGCGUCUUGUACAAUCUCUGCUUGACCAGCCGCCGACUGUACCGUCUUGCCACACCUUACAUGUACGCCAUCAUGGACAAUCUCCGCGCAGAUCCCGGCAAAUUCCUUCGAUCACUUAUCCAGCAACCGGAAAUGGCUCAGAGCCUGAGGUAUCUCAGCUGGGUCGACGAUCACGCUGAGCCGUACUUCUGGGAUAAGAGCAAGAAGUACGUGCUCUCGCAGAUCGAGCGUCGAGCGCUGUGCAGAAAGGCCGAGGAGUUCGAGCUCAUAAAUCCCCGACUAUAUGCGAGAGGAUUCCGGCAGCAACAGCCUCGGGACCACCUCACGGCGCUGCUCCUUCUCGCUCCCAAUAUCAGACGCUUAGAAGUCGCAGAUAGGAAUGUCUGUUGCUAUCGGAGAGGUUACCCUACCCCGCCAAUGUGGAUCAGACUCCUCGGGGAGGCUAGAUUUGCGGUGUCUCCGCUUAUCUCUCAGCACUUCCAGCAUCUCCGCUCCCUCCAUCUGCACAUGGGGCCUAUCAAAUUCAUGCACAUUGUACCCAUAUUGGGCAUCCCGUCUCUGCGCCUAGUUGUGUUGGAAGAGGUCUUUCAAGUCGUCCCGGUAAGCUCCAGGGCCAUGGAACAUAGCAUACCCCCACAAUCCUCGCGGAUCGAAGAAUUUCACUUCGAAAAUUCCUAUAUCGGCUCGGAGACUGUGGCCCAGCUUCUGCGUUCCUUCCGAGGCCUCCGGACGUUCGUUCUCGCAUUCGAUAACUUGGAGCGAACUGGUGCGUACAGAUCAUACGAAGGCCAUCCACCGCGGCUACAUUACCCUACACUUGCAGAAGCGCUCCUCGAACACAAGGACACAUUGGAGCGCCUCGUCAUUGAGGAGGACACCGAUUGGGACCUGAGGGAUAUCUACCAGCUCAAUCAAGGGAGUCUUGGUUCUUUGCGUGAUAUGCAUAAGCUCCGGUCUCUCCAGACUGGCCUUGACUCAUUUGGAGCCUUUGAGAUGGACGAAUAUGGAGCGUGGUUCCCAACAGAGCCUACGAAACUGUCAGAAAACCUACCACUAGCAGUCGAGCGGGUAGAGCUUAGCAUCGAGGAAGAAUUCUACGAUGAAUACGAGAAGUACUGGAGAAAGAGCUUGGAUGAUCUAGCUCAGUCAUGCAGGUCGAAUUUGCCGAAUCUUAAGAAAGUCAAUAUUCGGCGAAAGUUCGUCGACGGCAUGUGGAUAGAUGAAUGGUUGACGAAGAUCCGGGACAAGUUCGCAGAGCAAGACAUUGAGCUAUGGAUAAUGAGGGACGUAGAAACCUUCGAUUACAUCCUCGACUAUUAGCGACUCGCUACAACGCAACCGCGCAUCUCCUCUGAUUCGUUCCCUAACGCCUACCCCCUGUCCGCUUUAGAUAGUAGCUCCAUAGUCGCUCCUUUCCAGUAAUGCGACGCUCGGUGAUGCGUCCUCAUCUUCUAUACAAGCAGUCAUUUUGGGUAGUGUGAUGUUUCGCUUCUCUCCCCUUUGCGAAACUUGGUCGUUAGACUUCAAGUAGCAGCACUACACAAGCAAUAAGGCUGUAAUUAAUAAACAACAACGAUUACCA